AUGGCGGCUGUCAAGGAAAAGGGAUCUGGCUCCUUCCGUAACCAGUCUGAUGAGUUCUUUGACGAGCACAUCUCGGGGCAGUCCAACAAGCCGCUUUCCCGACCCCCCCAUGUCUUGGAGUUUGGCCAAGUUAUUGAGGAACUUGGAGUUGAUACGACCCAGGGACUUACAUCUGAAGACGCGGCCCGUCGUCUUGUAGAGCUGGGCCGCAAUGAAUUCCAACAGAAGAAAGGUGUUCAACCUUUAAAAAUAUUCCUGGGUCAAAUUUUCAAUGCCGUGACAUUGGUUCUCCUACUUGCUUUGGGUGCUAGUUUCGGUAUUCAAGCUUGGAUUGAAGGUGGUAUCCUAGCUGGCAUCAUUACUCUCAACAUUAUCAUUGGCUUUGUUCAGACCUUAAAAGCCGAGAAAACGAUCAACUCACUUAAAAAUCUUGGAUCCCCGACUUGCAAAGUUUUCCGAAACAGCAAGACCAUUGAAGUCCAAACAGCAGAAGUCGUUCCCGGAGACGUUAUAAAUCUGAGCACCGGCGACUCUGUGCCCGCUGACAUUCGUCUUAUCGAGGCCGUCAACCUGGAAGCCGAUGAAGCCCUCCUUACCGGAGAGUCUGCGCCUGUCUCCAAGGUGCCGAACUUGACUUUUGAUGAUGAUACCGGCCCUGCUGACCGCCUAAAUGUCGUUUACAGCUCAACGGUUAUCACCAAGGGCCGCGGCCGCGGUGUUGUCUUCGCCACCGGUAUGCACACUGAAAUUGGCCUCAUUGCUGGUGCCCUCAACGGAGGGUCCAGAAAAAACGCAAUGACAUGUGUCAAACGCAGAGAAGAUGGCAGCACUCCAAUGUCUGCGUACAUGAAUGCUGGCUGGAUUAUGACUCGAAAUUGGGUCGGCGAGUUCCUGGGCUUGAACGUCGGCACCCCUUUGCAGAGGAAGCUUUCGCAGUUGUUUUUGUGGCUUUUCCUGUCAGCCAUCAUCUGUGCUAUCGUCGUCAUGGGCGCCAACAAGUUCAACCCACGGAAAGAUGUGAUCAUUUACGCUGUUACGACUUCUAUCGGAACAAUUCCAGUGUCGCUUCUGUUGGUGUUGACGCUCACCAUGGCUGCUGGUACUAAGAAGAUGGUGGAGCGCCACGUAAUUGUUCGCAAUCUUUCCAGCCUGGAAGCUCUCGGUGGAGUGACUAACAUCUGCUCUGACAAGACCGGCACGAUUACCCAAGGAAGCAUGGUCGUCCGAAAGGCCUGGCUGCCAGGAACCGGCACAUACUCUAUCCAAACAACCGAGGAUGUCAACAACCCAUCUGCCGGGACAGUUCAGUUUACCGAAGGCCAACCGAAGGAUACCAGUACGGAAAAAGAGAAGAAGCGCGACGAAUUCACUGAUGCUAUCGAGCCACACCACGAGCCACCCGGCAAGCCUGCACUGGAGUGGUUCCUCAACAUUGCGUCGCUGGCGAACUUGGCUACCUUAAAGCAGAGUGAUGACAGUUCGGCAAACCCCAGCGAAUGGAAGGCCACUGGUGCGCCGACGGAGAUCGCCAUCGAAGUCUUUGCUUCCCGCUUUGGAUGGAACAGAUUUCAGCUGACCCAAGGCCCUCAAGCUCUCUGGAAGGGAAUCGCAGAGUUCCCCUUUGAUUCAGAAGUCAAGAAAAUGUCUGUAAUCUUCCAAAACCUCAGCUAUAACAAGAAGUAUCUUUUCACGAAGGGUGCCGUCGAACGUGUGGUAGCUACCUGUGACAAUAUUACUGUUGGCACCAACACUCGGCCCCUGACCGAAAAAGAUAAAAUUGAUAUCCACUUGAACAUGGAGGCACUAGCUGGACAAGGCCUUCGCGUGCUCGCACUCGCCCACCGAAGUCUUGAUGACAGCAUAUCGAAGUCCCAGUUUGAAGAGGAAAACACCUCUACGGACCGUGACACUUUCGAACGCAACCUUACUUUCUGCGGCCUCAUUGGGAUUUACGACCCACCUCGCCCCGAGUCCCAGCCGAGUGUCAAAAUGUGCCAGCGUGCCGGUAUUGUUGUACACAUGCUCACUGGCGACCACCUUCAGACAGCCCGCGCUAUAGCUACGGAGGUAGGCAUCUUGCCAUCUCUAGAGAAAUACAAGAUGCUUCCCGCCGACAUGGCCCGAGCAAUGGUUACUUCUGCUCACGAGUUUGACGCCCUUACCGAUGCUCAGAUCGAUAAAUUACCGCAGUUACCCCUGGUAGUGGCAAGAUGUGCCCCCAGCACGAAGGUUCGCAUGAUCGAAGCACUUCAUCGCCGUGGCCAAUAUGUGGGCAUGACCGGUGAUGGUGUGAACGACAGCCCAAGUCUGAAGCGCGCUGAUAUUGGUAUCGCCAUGGGAUCUGGCUCAGAUGUUGCCAAAGAGUCUGCUGACAUUGUCCUGACUGAUGACAACUUUGCCUCAAUUCUGAAUGCCAUCGAGGAGGGUCGACGUAUCUUUGACAACAUCCAGAAGUUCAUUCUUCACGUUCUAGCGGCCAAUGUUGGAUUCGUGUGCGCUCUUCUUGCGGGUUUAGCUUUCAAGAACGCGUCUGGCGUCUCCGUUUUUCAGCUGUCGCCCGUGGAAAUUCUCAUCAUGUUACUGGCAACCGGUGCGUUUGUCGAAACUGGUCUUGGCUUCGAGAGAGCGGAUUCCGAUAUUCUUAAACGCCCGCCCCAAAACCUCAAAUACGGCGUUUUUACUCCCGAAUUUCUGAUUGACAUGAUCGUCUACGGCAUUAUUAUGGCAGGCUGCAUUCUCGGCUGUUUUACCAUCAUCAUUUUUGGCUUUUAUGAUGGUAACUUGGGCGUCGGUUGCAACAAUGCUUUUUCCAGCAGUUGCCUACCAGUCUUUCGCGCGCGAGCCGCCACUUACACGGCCAUGACUUGGGUUUUCGUAUUCUUCGCCUGGGAACUCAUCCACUUACGUCGCUCCCUGUUCUACAUGCCCAAGGGUUUCAAAGUCUGGGCGUCGCACCUGUGGAGCAAUAAGUUCUUGUUCUUCUCCGCUAUAGGAACCUUCUUCUUGGUCUUCCCUGCGCUGUACAUCCCUGGUUUGGAUCACGGCGUGUUCAUGCAUGACGGAAUUACCUGGGAGUGGGGUGUGGUGUUCAUUGAUGUGCUGGUGUUCAUGGUACUUUGUGAGACAUACAAGUGGGGGAAGAGGGUGUACUUCAGGCGGGAGGGCAUGACUGCAGAUGUCGGGUUUGCAGAUGAAGAGGAAUUAUCUGCAUAG